CAGGCUCCAUAUUCAUUGUUGCAACACGCACUUCCCAUCAGAAUGACUGCAACAAAAAAUGGUUUGUACACCUCUUGUCACAUCACUCUCUUCGACCACCAUCUCUAAAAACGCUUUCAAGUGAGUAGCCCAAAAUAUUGAAACAUGACGGAGUAUCGUAGGCAAGAAACUGCGCACCGGUGGGAGAAUGGUUCGAGAUUUGCGCAAAGAAGUGAUUUUUGGAAAGAAGGUCUUUCCAUUUCUACCCUGUUAGACAUAACCAGCGUAGAAUGCGGAGGAUUCGAUGAUCAAGAUCGUUUUUGUCAAGGAUGGAAAAAGGAUGCCAAAACUCCGGCUUCGGUUGUUUCUUUCGAUUUGAAUGAUCUCAUGUUAUACAUUCGUAUCGAUCAUGACGUCAUUCAAGCGGAUAUCGUACAAAUCGCAAACAUCUUCAGUAAUUAUGAUAAAACAAGAUUGUACAUCACUUUCAAAUAUUCUCCAGUCUUUCUUCGUGAUGCAAUUCCAGAAGAUUUCUCCAAACCCAAUGAUUGGCUCGAGGGAGAAUCCUUUGAUCUCUCUCAUUCAUAUGGUCGUUAUCUUCGUGUUGGUGCUUUUGAUGAUGUUCAUAAGCAAUGCGCUCAAUAUGGCACGGUGUAUCGAUUAUGCAUUUCCGAUCCACCUCAAAUGGAUGCUUUCUUUCGAGGAACGUGCGACAGGCUUGAAUUGAGUUGUUCUCUAAAGGAAAAAGAAGAUGGCCCUUUGGAUGCGUUCAAUAUGGAUGAAUUCAUGUGGACGUUAAGCCAAAUGAGUAUCGAAGUUGGAUUUCAAGCGCAAGCUUUGGUCGUACCCAACGGUUUGCUUCCUAAAGAUAUCAUCGAACUUUCACAGGAAAUCCAAAACAUUGAAUCACGGCUAGGCGUAGGAACAGGAAGUCAAGCAAUCCGUCACUUACGCAACUGCGAAAUCAAUAGAGGUCCUUUUAGUCGAUUUCAAGGUCUUAAAACGGUUUCCUUGUUCGAAAUGAAGUCGUGCUUGCAAGGAUAUACAGGUGAAGAGACAGAGAUGAUCAUGUUUAAAAAGCAAGGUCAACCUCCGAUCCAUUCAGCGUUUCUGACACCUUCUUAUGGAAUUCGACUAGAGGGUCCAAAUCACGAUCAAGGUAACCGAAUUUUGAGACAAUAUCCUGGCUAUGAGAAGCACUUUUUACGCAUUCGCUUCAUCGAAGAGGAUGGCGCUGAUUUGAGCAUUCGUAGAGAAUAUGGUGUUGAUAGUCAACUGAUGUUGAAAGAACGUUACGGGAAUGCUCUGAAACGUGAAGGUAUUCUUGUAGCAGGAAGACGAUUUCAUUUCUUGGCUUACAGCAAUAGCGGAUUACGUGAGCUCACCUCAUGGUUCGUUUGCAACUUUACGAAUCAAAGUGGGGAAGUGAUGACCGCGGAAAAGAUUCGUGAAUCAAUCGGAGAUUUAAGUGGUAUCAGCAACCCAGCUCGAUUUGCCGCUCGUAUGGGUCAAGCGUUUACCACCUCCAUGAUUUCUGUUGAGCUCAAACGAUCUUGGAUUCGUGUCGAGCCAGAUCUUGCAACACAAGAUGGAAAAUAUGAGUUCAGUGAUGGCAUUGGUAUGAUCUCGCCUGCAGUCGGUCAACUCGUUCUUGAAGCUAUUGAACAGUUCAAAGGUCCAAUCCGCCCUAUUCAAGCAUUUCAAAUUCGAUUGGCUGGAGCGAAAGGAAUGGUGGUUGUCAACCCUACCUUGGAUGGUCACGCGGUCAUUCUACGCAAGAGUAUGGUCAAGUUUCCGCUGCCAGAUGUUGAAGUCGUUAUGAUGGAAGUGCCAAACUACUAUUCCAUCCCUUUCACAAUGUAUCUCAACCGACAAUUCAUUAAUUUGCUCGCAACACUGGGAGUACCUGCAGAAACAUUUUUGGAAUUUCAAAAUGACGCCAUUGAUGCCUUACAAAAAGCUUCUUUGGAUCCGAUUGAAGCCUCAGCGUUACACAAAAGCAGCAGUUUGGGAAGAGCUGCAAAUUUCAAGCCAUUAAUCACCAUGUUGAACGAUUGCGGUAUAAAUGCAGUUCGACAAGUUGACUUUUUGCGAGAUGUGAACAAUAGCUUUAUCGAUUAUGCUCUUCGAAAGAUCAAAUAUCAUGCUCGUAUUCCUGUUCCUCUUUGCCAUACACUUGUUGGUGGUUUGGAUGAAUUUGGAGUCCUGCUUCCCAAUCAAAUCAUUGCUUGUAUAUUUGAACAAGAAGCAGAAGAACCAAGAUAUUUGGAAGGGCCUUGUCUAGUCGGACGUAAUCCAAUGUUGGCACCGGGUGAUGUACAGUCGGCUUUUGCCGUUAGACCACCGAAAGAUCAUCCUCUUUCAACUAUUCACAACGUCGUCCUCUUUUCUCAAAAAGGGAAAAGACCCCUUGUGAGCAUGCUUGCUGGUGGAGAUUUGGAUGGAGAUAUUUAUUUCAUCGUUCAACAUCCAAAACUUCUCAAGAUAAAAAUUCAAUGCGAACCGGCCGAUUAUCAAAAGAGCGAAUUGCUUCAAUUUCAGAACAAGUGUACGAUCGAUGAUGUUGCCGACUUCUUCUUAGAUUAUAUUCGUUUGCACAGUGUUGGACCGACGGCUACACGACACUUACAACUGUCCGAUCAAAGAGUUCAUGGUGCUUUGGAUGCUGAUUGCAUACGAUUAGCACAAAUGCAUUCUAUCGCAGUGGAUUUUUGCAAAACAGGAGUAACCAAUCAAUUUGGUGAAAUGCCAGUUUGUAGUCGUCAAAGACCGGAUUUUAUGCAAAGAGAGAGUGAUAUCGAAUCAAUUCGUGCAAAUUCAAGAAUCAAAACUUCUCAACCUUCACGUUCGAAGCCACAAUUCGAAUAUUACCAAAGCAACAAAGCGUUGGGACUACUCUUCCGUGCAAUUGACGUAUAUACGCAUACCAAACGAUUUGCAGAAGAAGCAGAUUUGAUCAUCAAAGACGAAGAAAAGAAACUUGGUGAUAAAAAUGCUUCUUGGACAGAGAAGUUGUGGGAUCAUUUAUCCCGUCAAGAAAGGGCACAUGGUUGGGUGAACUUUAUCGAUCAGAUGAAACCAAAAGCAAGUCGCUAUUACCAUCUUUUGACAGCGAUUGCAAAAGAUCAUUGUGUAGGUGAAAAGAUGGAUGAAUUGAGUGAAGAAGAAGUCUUUAUGGGCCAUAUCUUCGCCAGACCUUCAAGUGGUGCACGCUUGAAGCCGUACGAUGCUUCCACCGCUUUGCAAGAUGAUUUUGAAAACCUUUGCAAACAGAUGCGACUAGACAUUUUGAUCAAAAAAGAAGUUCGAAAACACGACCAAGAGCUGUUUCGAGCGAUAUGGCGAUGGAUCAAUAACGAAUUGGAAAUCAAAGCAAGCACUAAAGAUGUUGAAGCACAAUUGGACAAAGCACUUGGCGAAAAAGCAAAAGACGUGCAAAAGAGAAACCAACUUUUGAACAAUUGGUCUCAAGAACUUCAUUAUGCUAUCCAGCAAGGCUGCGCUUUCAUCGACGUCACCUUAGCAAAGCCUGAGUACGGGAGAAGCGCUCCUUGGAUCAUCGUUCCUGCAGUCUUGAAAGCUCAUCAGUGCAUAGACUGCAUCGAAAAUGUUUGGCUAUACAAAUCACAAUAUCCAUCAAACAAGUGAACAAAUUUCCAUAUAAAUACAAACUCA